AUGAUGGGUCAAGGGAAGAAGGGACAUGCAGCCGAGCCUGAGGCUCUCAACUUUCAAGAUCCCGUCACAGGAGGCGGCAAGUACGACGCAAAGGAACUACAAAGGCAAGGGAACACACCCGUAAUGCAGCCCUACGGCCAGAUCCACGAUCUAGGCCCCGGAUCCAUAAGCUCGAAUAUUCGCUUAGGAUUCGGAACAAUCCACGGACGCAGAGUGAAGAUUUUCCACUGCUGCUCCACCCCAUCCCCACGUCUCGCCAAGACACUCAAGCUUCACCACUUGAACUCUUCGGAAGUUACCGAGAGAGCAAGAUCCCGCCCUACCGACGGGUACACAAGUCGGUGUCUGGGCGCAGUUGAUAUACUUGCUAAGCUGAAGGCCAUCCCACUUCUGUUCGUGCAGGUGGAAGCGCUGGAGCUCGUUGGCAAGUCGCCCUUGGGUGAUUGCGCCGUUAACAUUUUAGUGCUGAAGCUGUUUGCAGAAAGAGUAGACACGAUUGGAGUCGACACGUCCAUCGCGGGGAACGUUAUGAAUGGCUAUUUAUCGAUCUAUACGAUGAAGGGCGUGUUUGUAGGUGUUACGGUCUACGAACCGAUGAAUUCCAGCUACGGAGUGAAGGUUCGCCCCCUUGCUCACGAAUUGGUGACGAUGCUACCAGACUUCGCCCCAAGAAAGUACCGAGUCCGAAUGUACGAGAGUGAUCUUGGAGUGCAGGUCGAUAGCUACAAUUGUGGCAUGUACAUGCUGUUGGCAUUCGAGAUAUUUGCCGGGUCUACUACUAUGCGCCGCACGUUCCAGUAUCCAAGCGCCGCCAUGAAAAGAUCGCUGGGCAAGAGCCUCGCUGACAACCCUGACUCUAGCAAAAGUCUCCACGCCCAUCAAGUCCGCCCCAUGAGGCCCAAAUGGACGAAAAUGGCGUUGGCUGUGACGAGUGCUGCUCUUUCCGUUGGUGGAGCUCUUAUCCUGUACGAAUCCUGGCAACCUGCUUCCAGUCUAGAAACGGUCAACGUAUCGCCACUAGUCACGACACUGAAGAGCUCUACGUUAUCGACCGAGGAACCCGCUCUUCUGUCAGGACAAGAAGUCCUGCUCCGAGUAGCUGGGAAACCCAAUCUGUGCGCAGAUGACGGAGGUCGCCUCAAACCCGACGAGUCAGCAAUCACGGGACAGCCGUGUAACCCGAGUAACCCGAACCAACUCUUCAUCUACAACAGUAAAACCCACCAGUUCUAUAGUGCAAAGAAGAAAGGACUCUGUCUGGAUGAUGGAGGUGGCUGGGCAGGCUUCACUUGGGCGCGUCUGUCGAAAUGUGACGCUAAAAGCUCCGACCAACGUUACGCCUUUGAUUCCAACACUCUGAUGCUCAAAAACCCUUCCAAAGACGGCUAUUGUCUGGACGAUGGCGGUGGCAACACUGCCAGUGCCUCAAAGUACACAAUCCGUCGCUGCAGUGCAAAGAGUGAGGACCAGCACUUCGAAGUGCUGUCCCAAGCUACACUGGCAGCCGAACAGCAGAAGGUUCUGAACGCGGUCGCUAGUGGAGCCAAGUUCCUCCUACGGGUCGCUGGUAAGACUGGCAUGUGUGUGUCUGGUCCUAGUGCGUCGAUCGCUGCCACGCCCUUACUUCUAGCGAAGUGUAACAAGCAAAGCAAGAACCAAAUCUUCACGUAUGACGCGUCGACGAAGCGCAUUCGAAGUGCAGAGAAGGUCAACUAUUGUGUGGAUGACGGCGGUGUGAAGAAGGCAGGCAAGGCUGAUACUCGUCUGGCGCCUUGUGAUACCAGUAAGGACCAAACGUUCGACUACGAUCGCGCCACGAUGCAAUUUACUCAGCCGAAUAAGGCGAAUCUGUGUCUGGAUGACGGGAGUGGGGUAUUGUUCUCUACCCCGAGACUCGUACUGAGGAACUGCGACAACUACAGCGCCAAUCAGCACUUUGAGUAUCUGCUCCAGAGUAAACUUACGACUGCAAGUGCUGCAACGACAAGCGCAGGGACAAGCUCAACGACGGCCUCAGUGCAAUCGACGGGGACACAGAGUGGAGUGUCGAUGGGAGCGAGUGCAGGAACAUCUACCAGCACAGCUCCGGUCACCCCGACGGAGACAGCGACUGAGAUGGCCACAGGGAUGUCGGGAACUACCACGGGGCCGACGAGGGGGGCAGUGUCUGCAGAGCAAACGACAGUCUCUAAAUCGUCAGCCCUGCUCCCAGCUCUAUCACCUCAAAAUGAGGAAAUCCCUGCAGAAGUCACGACAGCCACGGCAUCGUCGGCCGUCUCUCAACCCGCUUCUUACUCUGAAGUUAAUACCUCACUUACGUCUUCCACUGCUCAAGAGCCUGCUUUUGCUUCGACUCCAGCGCAAAACGAACCUGCUCAGUCAGAGACACAGACCGUAUACGUCCAAGAAACAACACCGCCAGCUCCGGAGUCAGUGAAACAGUACACGCCCGAUGAAGCAGCAGAACAGCACCAGGCCUCAGUGAAAGACAUUUACUCGGGGAAAGCGACUGAGACCGAGUCUAGUAUCGCAGCCCAGCAGUCGAAACCUACGGCAACUGAGGUGGAGCUAAGCCCUACAGCCACUGACGAGGAGAACGCCUACACGACCAACGGCGAGCCAGAAGAAACUGCACACGGCACUUCAAUGGAUAGCCGAGAUGAGAUACCAGAGUCAGAGCACAAGUACACGCCGCUUGCAGACGAACCUGAGUUGAACCCAGAAAACUGGCACAACGGAGAACCUGAUUCAAUCCCUGGCUUAUUUCCAGCGGCGAGUCAUUAUAACGAGGCAGCGACGACCGAAAACGAGCUCAAAUCUGAGCACCAGGCAGUGAAAAGUGCAGACGAACGUGAACCAUUUGCCGUCGAGAAUUCUCGUAACGCAGAGCCUCUGAUCACGACUGUGGACGCGUCGUUGGCAAGCUUUGUCGACCAGGACUGGAAUCUGCUGGCACCUUCCGACCAAACCGUUGGCCGUGUCAACACCGACCACUCUUCCUCCAUUUCUGCUGAUAAAAUAUUCCAGUUUCUCCAAAGCAUCAAAGACCGCGCAGAUAUCGAGCAUGAGAGGAUGAUGUACCGCUACAAGCGAACGUUCGACUGUGUGAGUGCCGGUUUGCAGACACUGGCGACGGCUUCUGUUACGACCGAUGAGUAUGACGUGUUGGUCCGUUGGAUGUACAACCACUGCGCCGCUGGGAACACCGAAAUCGCCCCACCUCCUCUACCUCCACUGCCUAAGCGAGAAUUUAACGGAGAGGACGUGGCUGCUCUCGUCAAUGACCCAUCAGUGGACGUGAAGCGCCAAUAUAUGACGAAAAUGGACUUUUACCAUCAGAUCAAGAACCACUUUACGCAGACAAUUGAACAGCUUGAAGGUCACGUUGCAGGAACGCAUCUUCGAUCGGAAGAGAAGAGAGAACAACAGAACAAGCUGCACGAAUGCAUUGAGGCGGCAGUAACACACUACGGCUACAGAGACAGUGCUGUUAGCGAAUUAACAGCAAAACAACUGGAGACUGCAAUUUCUUUUGUGGAUACGUGCAUCAAGGCGUAA